AUGUCCCAUUUUUCAAUUAUACCUUUAAUUCGGAUGCUCCAAAUUUUUAACUAACUAUCAAAUACAAUGUUUGGCAGUAUUUGGAACUUUUGUAAAAGGCAUCGUAGAAAGUUUUUUUUCACGGGGAUUCUUGUGGGAGGUUCCUAUGCGGCAUUUCGUUUCGUAUAUUCAAAAUAUAUGAAAAGUAGAAAAGAAGAAUCCGAAAAAAUGAUGGAGAAAGUCAGAAAGAAGCAUCUGUUUGAGUCAAAUCAAAAAACAUGCGAUUUAACUGUCCAUUCUCUAAUACCGACAUUAAGAAACGUAUUGAACAACAUCUUAGACUGCGAGGGAAUACUUGAGAAGCUAAAAUCAAAAACUGAUAAUAAAGUUGCUUUAUGGGAAGAGCUGAAAGUCAAAACAUUUACUAGAACAAUAUCAUCCAUCUAUGCAACUUCCCUGCUAAUUGUCUACCUUAAAGUACAACUAAAUAUUGUAUCUGGUCUAAUGUUCACAGAAAUAGAAAAAACUAACGAGGAGGGAAAGCGAAUAACAAAUGACGUUCAAAAGAAAUAUCUUUCAACAAUCAAUUAUUUGUUAGAACAUGGUAUAGAAGGCUUGAUACAAAAGAUUAAUAUCGCUGUAAAUGAAUAUAUAUCAGGAAUAUCUUUGAAAGCAAAUAUCGCAAUUAAUUCUAUCGAAGAGCUAACGAGGCAAAUUCGCCACCGAGUAGAAUGCCAACAAACUGAUGGCCAUCACGAAACUAGUACCAAAUCGUUACUGUCUUACAUAUUAAAUAGUAAUCAACUUGAAGCGAAUGGAGAAUUAAAAGAACUGUUAAAUUUUACUAAGGACGUUACAGAGAGUUCAGAUUUCCAUAAGGUUCUAUCUGUGUGCUUGGAAAGCGGCUUUGCUCUUUUCUAUGAUAAUGUUGCAAAUGAAUUAAAGGAAGCCAAUCCCUCCACAGUCAGCUUGGCUAAUUCGUCUCUACCAAUGGCAAAAGUUGUCCCAAUAAUAACCAAUUUCUAUGGAAAAGUUAUGAAAGAAGGCCAAAAUAAUUACAUACAAAUGCUUCUGAGAAAAAACGUGCUGCAAGAUUUUGCCGCAAACAUAUACGAAGCUUUUUCAAGUAACACUGAAAUGCGUGCCGAUUAAAUAACGAGAUUAUUAUAUUUUCUUCGUCGUCGUCAUCAGCGUUUUUUUUUUCUUUUGAAUAUUAUUCUAAAAGGAAUUUAAUCAAUUUCGUUCUAAAUAUUUCCAUAAAAUUUUUAUUUAGGUCAUUUAUACCUUCUAUUUUAUAGGCUAAAUUUACUUGAAUUCUUUAGCCUAAAAGUUACGAAUUAUUAAUCUACCAGUAUAUUUACCUUAACUAAUUUCAAUGCUAUUAUAUUAAAUUCUAUCAAACAUUACUUUAAUAAGAAAUGUAAAUAAGCUCGUGUCUGUGUACAUUGCGACCCUAGAUGGUGUCCUUGAACCAAAACCAUUAUGCAAGAGGAAGGUGAUAAAAAAGACGAAUGAAAGAUUAGUUUCCUAAGUAGAAACGAGAGAAUGAGGUCACAGUGAUAGAAAAUGGAAACUAUCGAUCGAAACUAAGAAUUAAUUCUUAAUAAUACUAUAAACGAGCAGAGAUUAUAAAUACUCUAUAAUCUUAGUUAGAAGAAGCCGUUUCCGGACAAUUGAUAAAUAAAUUGCGAAAAGUCCUAAAAAUUCAAUGGGACAAUUUCCAGAUAACAAUAAACUACAUAGAUAAUAAUUCAUAAUAAAUUCUUAGUUAUUUACAAAAAAAAGUAAUACACAUCUCGCCAAACACUUGCUAUUCGUUGAUUGAUCUCAGUUAUUCAUUAUAUUUCAUUCUACUUGAAUAAAGAAAAAAGAAUUACUUGAAGAGAAAGAUAUAUUUAAGUAGAGAAUUGUGAACAGAGAAGAGGGAAUAAAAUAAUUCAAUAAAUCUUAUUUAUGCCCACCAACACCCUGUCUAUCUCCUUCUCUAUAACUAUUCAAUUGAUUGAUUAUAUAUUUCACAAUUUAUGUAGUGUUUUUUUUCUCUCUGCAUAAAAAGAAAAAAAGAAAAGGGGUGGAGGGAAAGCUGAUUUUCUUCUGUAUAACUAUAUGAUGUAUUUAAACCUAUUUUCUGUAAUUAUCAGUAUCUAUUACAUAUUUUUUAUGUUACUUUUUCUUUUAAAUAAUACUUGUUACCCGAUCUUACUUCAAAGGAUAAUUGUAAGCUUUUAUAAGGUACAGAUAGGGAAAACGGUUGUCUAUAUGCUAUAUAUACUUUUAAUUAAUAUAGAAUAACGGUCACAUAAUGCUCUAUACUCAUUACCAUUUUUUAAUAUUUUAUUUAAUAGGACUUUUAUAAGGCAACUGUUUUAAGAGAAACGUAUAAUUAUAAUUCAACAUAUCUCUCUCUCUCUCUCUUUGUUAUAUUCCUUCCUUCCUUUUUUAUACAAGUUUCAAAGGAAUAAUCUUAAGAUUUAUGAAGGUUUAAUAUCUUAUUUAUUCUAUGCAAAUUGUAUAUUCGAACGCUUUCUUCUCUUUCUGCCGAGAGAAAAAGGUAGCGCUGGCGCAGGGGUCCAGGUUUAGUGCUGCCACCUGAAGCUUACCUAUGAUUAGCACAUUUUCAGGUGUACAAAAAUAAAUUUUUAGGGCAAAAUAGCUGAUUUUACUUGAUUUUUUUAUACUCAAUAAAAUACUCUAUUAACUAUGGACACGAAACUGCUCACGAUUGCAACGAUUUGGGGAGUCAUAGGUCUUUUCUUUCUUACAGGAACUUCCGGCUUACGAUGCUACUACUGCAGUGGAAUAACAAAUUUAGCAUAUGAUGCAGAGAGUUGCUUUUAUCCGAAUCAUAAAACAAGUAUGCAAGAAUGCAACCCGGGUGAUCAAUGCGAAGUACGUUCCAUAAUUUAAUCAAAAGUAAACAAAUAACAAGCUAUAAAUAUAAAUUUUUGACAAUCACGUAACAUCCGCAACUUCUUAUGAAGCUAGAGAUAAAACACUUACCGAACAACACUGUUCAUUGGAAUAGCCUGGAUACAUACCUCUCAUAAUUCAACUUUUGCUCUCUUUUUUCUGUAACACUAACAAAAAUUUUAAAUCACCAAUUAAUCUUUAGUUUAGUACAAUCCGCACCCUCAUUAGUCAGUGCAGGGCACAGUUUUCUAGUUUAAAAUGACUUUUCUUAGUAAAUUCACAGAGGUUUAAUUGUGUUUGAUAAACUCUCUAUAGGUGAUAGAUUUAGUAAAAAUAACAAAGAGCUUAUAGGAUUAUGAAUAUUUGCCCAAACUAAUCAUGUAAUUAAAUUAACUAAUGUAAAUUUAGGGCGGUUUUUUGUUUAUUGAGUAGGAUACACCCUAAUAACGCCCUUCAUUUAUUUACUCCCUGAUGAAUGUUUAAAAUAUUUUUAGCAUGCAAAGCCAUAUUAAACAUUGUUCAUAAUAAUCGAAACAGAAAAAAGUUCAAGCAUUGGAUAGAAAACAGGAUAGAGUUUCCAGAGGUUGCAGUUCAAAUUGUCAGAAGCCUUUAAUGUGGACCAUGGAUUUUCGGGUACACUGCUGCGAUUCUGACCUUUGCAACUCUGCCCCUCUACUUAAGAUGAACUUUAAUUUAGCUAUUUUUAUCAUUUUAAUCUACUUUACUAUGGUUUGAAAUUGUUUCUUUUUACCGAAAAUACUAUGUUUUUAAAUGAUAUUCUUAACAUUUGUAAAGUACAUGUAAAGUAUAUAUGUUUAUUGAUCAAACUUAUUAUCUAAAUAUCUCUUUAUCGUUAUCUUUUUUUUUUUAAACUGUUUUAUAUCAAUAAAUUUAUAAAUCAAAUUUUUCUAAAUGUAAGCUCUAAAAAAAAUAACUGAAAAGAGGCCUAUUCAAAUUAUAGGCUGAAUCGGAUGCUUCGUUGUCAUGGAGUGUUCUUUGUUUAUAUUGACAUUAGUGUGUGUAUGCAGAAG